ACUUUUCUCGUUCCAUUCUCUCUUUCUCGCAUUAUCUCACCCCCUCUCUCCUUGUCUCUCACAGUUGCGAUGCACCGCCUCCCCUCAUCCUCUCAUCCCUCUGUUUCCGAUGCAUCGCCUCCACUCCUUCUCUGAACCAAAAUCCACAACAACCCUAGCUUAUUUUGUUGAUCUAAUCGUCUGUUCUUGAUUCAAAUCCCUAAACCUAACAUUCGACCUCCAUGGAUCUAGAAUCGAGCUCUGAAACCCUAUGUGAAGAUCAAGGUCCAUACUAUGCUUGCAUGGGCGUCCUGAUGGUGCCGGAUAGUGAAGUCGAGCCAGAUGAUGACCUCGAUGUGGACCACGGUAAAACUUCGGUGGACCUUGUGGUUCUGGACACCGAAGAGGCAUCGCAUGGGGACGAUGAUGAAGGUCCGAUGGAGCUAGUGGUUCCGGACAGUGAAGAGGAGGAGGAAGUUCACCGGGCCAAGCAGGUUCUGGUUCUGGACAGUGAAGAGGCUAAGGAGAAAAGGUGGAAAGAGAUUGAAAUGCACCCAAUACGCAAAAGUCCUCGUCUAGAAGCCUUCCUAAAGCUCAUCCUACCCGACUGGGAAUCUAGGAUGUGAGACGUGGAUGUUGGUUGGUGAAAAAGAUGAAAGAUGAGCGUUAAUGGAAGGUGAAGGGGAAUCAACAUUUAUGUCACCUGCCAUUUAUGGAAGAAGAAAUGCUCACAUUUAUUGUGUACGUGUGCGUGAAGUGUUGAGUGUUGUAAUGGGAGGUUGGGAAAAACAAUGUGGAAAUGGGAGUAUUUGUAGAAAAAAACAUUUGAAAAUCCCUCCAAAAAUAGGAGAGAAGUUGUAUCCGAGAUUUUUGCUUGGGGUGUACUAUUCACCUUUUUUAUCACAUCUAUCAAAUCCCACUUUAUUUAAUCAUUCUUCAUAGGAGUAACUUUAUUUUUACAUCUCCCCUUUUCAGCAAACACUCCAAGGGUUUAAUUGGAAAGUCAAAAACUUUUUAGCCUUGCAUUAAAAAGCAAUCCAGGUCAAACCGGGAAGGAUUUUUGGGAACGAAGGGAGUACUACGUAAAGUAUUAACGGGUAUUAAUGGGUGACCUGAGAAUAUGGUGUUACUAAUUCAGGGUAUGCAUUUGUUGAAAUACUGACAAUAAAUCACCAAACAAUAUAUAAGCUCAUAAUAAAA